AUGGCGGAGGUACGAGGGAUGCUCUUGGUCCUGAUCUGCGUUUUCCACUCUUCCGCCAGUUGCGGCAUCCAGCAGGCUACCGUUUGGGACAUCCCGGAUUCCGAGGAGGAGCUGGUCAGCAAAAUGGAGUUCCCCUGGGUGGUGUCGCUGCAGGAUUCCCAGUACACCCAUCUGGCUUUCGGCUGCAUUCUCAGUCGGUUCUGGAUCCUCAGCAUCGCGUCUGCCUUUCAGAACAGGAAGGACGUUGUCGUUAUAGUUGGUUUAGGUAACAUGGAUCCCAGCAAGAUUGCUCACACAGAGUACCCCAUCAAUACCAUCAUCAUCCAUGAGGACUUCGACAACCGGUCAAUGAAUCAUAACAUCGCCCUCCUGAAGACAGACUCGGAGAUACAUUUCAACAGCCUGGUCCAGUCCAUCUGCUUCCUCAGAGGAGAGCUCCAUAUGCCUCCAGUCUCGCAGAACUGCUGGGUGUCAGGAUGGAAUCCCACGUCUGCAACAGGAAGACAUAUGACGAUGAGUAUCCUGAGGAAAAUCUUUGUGAAAGACACUGACCUGUGUCCCUUACACAAACCCGAGAACACGGGAUGCGGCCAUCACACAAAAGAGGAAACUAAGUCUGUCUGCUUGGGGGAACCAGGAAGCCCAGUGAUGUGCCAGCUAGAGAAGCUGAAUCUGUGGGUUCUGCGAGGAAUCCUGACGCAUGGUGGGGAGAAAUGCCCUGGCCUAUUUCUGUACACCAAGGUGGAAGACUACAGCAACUGGAUCAUGUACGAGACUAGGAUGUCUGGCCUUCCCCUGUCUUCACUCCACCACUGGGAGAAGUUGAUUUCUCUCUCCCACCACAGAUCACAUGCUGCCAAGACACAGAGCACACCUGCUGUACUGGACAACCUCAGAUGGUCCCAACCAUAUUUCCAAGGACAAAGAAAGUCCGACAUGCAUUUACAGCAAACAAACAGCUCUAGAGAUGGCCUAGACUUUAGGGAAAAGAGUGUAAAGGAAUCGAGCGGGUCUCCUGAGCCAGCCGUACAACCCACAUACUAUGACUAUUAUGGUGGUGAGGCUGGGGAGAAUGGGUCUGUUGCAGGUCAGAAUAGGCUGCAUCAGCCCCAAGAAAUUAUCUUGGUUUCCUCUGUGCUUGUUUUCUUUUGCAGCCGUGUCUACUUCAGGAGUUAA